AUGGUUGAACUGCGAAAGCGCAAGGCCCAGGCUUCGGUCUCAGCCCCAACUCAUGCUGCUGCCAAGAAGUCCAAACCGGCUCCGAAGCCCAAAGAAAAUGAUACAAAGAACCAGACCUCAGCGCAAACUGUUCCUCAAGUGGACAAUAUCAUUGACCUGGAGGGCUUCGGUGGUGAGAUUGAGACCAAUGAUGGCACAAAGACCUCUCUGAAGAAGCUUGUGGAUGAUAGCACAUCUGGUGUGGUUCUGUUUACCUAUCCUAAAGCCUCAACCCCUGGCUGCACCAAGCAAGCUUGUUUGUUCCGCGACAACCACAAGCAUCUCACAUCGACGGGCCUGUCUAUCUACGGUCUUUCAGCCGAUUCCACCAAGGCCAACACCACUUUCAAAACAAAACAGAAACUCUCCUACCCCCUGCUCUGCGACUCCAAUGCCACCCUUAUCGGUGCUAUUGGUCUUAAGAAAAGCCCAAAGGGAACUACCAGAGGCGUCUUCGUUGUGGACAAGAAGGGCAAGGUGCUGCUCCGAGAGGCUGGUGGCCCUGACGCCACUGUGGAUGCUGUUGAAAAGCUGGUGGCACAGGGAGCCAAGGAAGACACUCAGGAUGCGGACACUAGUGAGGCAAAGUAA